UGUUAGUUUCACGGAGGAUAACACCGAGCCAUCACUUUCUCUCUCCUCUUCAGUAGUCAAUCCACAUUAUUUCUCUCUCUACUUAGUUUUUUCUCUCUCUACAUUUCAACAAACCCAAUUGGAUUGAUUUCGAUUUCUAGGGAUUUUAAUUCGUUUCUUAAAUUUUGCUUGAAAAAUUCUAGAUCUUUAUUUUUGGGGUUUUUGUUCGUCUUUCUCCUUUUAUGUCUCUGUUUGAUUCAAUGUUAUGCGAAUAAAUAUCCUCAAUUUCCCGCCUAAUUCUCUCUAAUUUUGUCGUCGUUUGAAUUCUACAACAUUGAAAUUUAUCCAAUUUACAUUCGCAAUCAUCUUGCUUUGAUUGUACUUGUUAUUGAUUGAAAACUUGCUAUAUGAAAGUCAUCCUCUGUUGCAUCUGCGAAUUGGGUUUUCGCGAGAUUUGAUAUGUUAUUAGGGUUUGUUUGUUAAUUAGGGUUUCGAAUUCGAAGAUUGAGUGUUUUUGGAUUCGAAAUUUGGGAGUUUAAGAUGAUUAUCAAACGAAACUUGAAAUCGACAAUGCCAACCCUAAAGCGGUGUCGUGUUAUUCGACCGUCGAAUAAUACUGAAGAUGAAGAAAGCAAUGAUAGAAAAAGACGUAAAUUCAACAGAAACUAUCAUAGUAGUAGCAGCAAUAAUAGUAAUAAUAGCAGUGGUAAAUACUUUCCUUUGAGUCUUUUGGGAGAAGUUGCUGCUGGUGUAAUUCCAUUUAGUGGAUUUCAUGGUAUUUUUUCUGCUAAUAAAAAUCACAACAAUGCUGAUUAUCGGAGGUUUUCGGGGUCUUGGUGCACUGAGGUUUCGUGCUCAGUCGAGGAAGAAGAUGAGGAUGAGGAGGAAGGGAGAAAGGACAAAUUGAGUAAGGUGAAGACUAGGCAUGUGGAGGAGGUGGCUAAGGAGAGUCCAAGACCGCCAUUGGUGAGGACGUCCAGAGGACGAGCUCAGGUACUUCCUUCUAGAUUUAAUGAUUCAAUUCUUGAUGAUUGGAAGAAGGAGAAAGGUAGUAAUAGUGCUAAUAACAAUAAUGUUUGUGAAUUUGAUGAUGAUGAUGAUUAUAAUGAUGGUGAUUAUGUUAAUAUUCAAAAGAAUGAUAAAUUUGGGGUUAAAGGUCAGAAAGGCAAGGUUAAUAAAGUGAGGGGUGUUAUGCAUAAAUUCAAUGAUGAAACUUGUGGAUUAUCGACCUCCACGGAGGAGUAUGGGCAUGGUAAUGGUUUCUGUGAUGAUGACGAGGAAGAAUAUGGGUGUAGAGGCAGGAGACUGAUUAAUCAUGAGGUUAGGAGGUAUUCGAACUCUGGUAGUUCAUCAUCUUUGCGUGAUCCAAGGCAUUGGAUGGAAUAUGAGAAACGUGCCAUUAGUUUACGUGCGAAUAAUGGGAGGUUCAUGAAGGAUCACAGAAGAACGAGUGAAGAAGAGUUUGUUCCUGGUGAUAUAGUGUGGGUAAAGUCAAGGAAGGAUGAUCCAGCAUGGCCUGCAAUUGUUAUUAAUCCUGCAUCACAAGCUCCGCGACAGGUUAUGGAGUUUCGUGUUCCUAGGACAGUCUGUGUGAUGUUUUUCGGGUACGCAGAAAACAGGAAGCAAAGGGAAUAUGCUUGGGUUAAGCGUGAUCAGAUAUUUUCAUUUGUGGACAAUGUGGACCGGUUCCAGGAGCAAGCUUGCCUGAACGGUUUUGAGUCCUGGAACUUCCAUAAGGCGCUAGAGGAGGCAUUUCUGGCAGAAAAUGGAUUUAUGGAAACGUUAGUGAAGGAGAUUAACAUGGCCGCUAGAAAUUCAUAUUGCAUUGAUUCCAUUCCUAGAAGAACACAAGAAGCAAACGGUUCAAAUCCGUACCGGGAACUGCACCAUUACGGUCAGAAUGGUCUCAAGAAAGCAAAAGACACACCAUCGUGUGCAGGAUGUGGUGCUGGCCUUCCCCUUAAGAUGAAGAAGAUGGGAAAGACUUCAAGUGCUGAAGGUCACUUCUAUUGUACUCCUUGUGCUAAGUCAAUGAGAUUGAAACAAUAUUGUGGUAUUUGCAAAAAGAUAGGAAAUUACUCAGACAGUGGUAAAUGGGUAAGAUGCGAUGGUUGUAAAGUCUGGGUGCAUGCAGAAUGUGAUAGAAUUUCAAGCAACCUUUUCAAGGAUCUUGGUGCCACUGACUAUUACUGCCCUGAUUGUAAAGUGAAGUUUAACUUUGAAUUGUCAGAUUCGGAAAACCAACCUAGAUUCAAGUGCUAUCAAAAUAAUAAUCAUGUCAAGCUACCAGAUAAGGUCAAUGUUGUUUGCUCUGGCAUGGACGGCAUAUAUUUCCCUAGCCUCCAUUUAGUUGUGUGCAAAUGCGGAUUUUGUGGGACAGAGAAGCAGCAACUAAGUGACUGGGAAAGGCAUACUGGUUCCAAAGUGAAGAACUGGAAGAAGAGUAUAAGAGUCAAAGGAUCUAUGUUGCCACUGGAGCAAUGGAUGUUGCAGAUGGCAGAAUACCAUGCACAGGCUGCUGCUUCUGCUAAGCCUCCUAAAAAACCUUCAUUAAAAGUUCGAAAGCAGAAACUGCUUUCCUUUUUGCAAGAAAAGUAUGAGCCUGUUGAUGCCAAAUGGACAACAGAAAGAUGUGCUGUAUGCAGAUGGGUUGAAGAUUGGGAUUACAACAAGAUUAUUAUUUGCAAUAGAUGUCAAAUUGCUGUCCAUCAAGAAUGUUAUGGAGCUAGAAAUGUUCGAGAUCUAACUUCAUGGGUCUGCAGAGCAUGUGAAACACCAGACAUAGAACGCGAGUGUUGCCUUUGUCCUGUAAAAGGAGGUGCAUUGAAGGCAACUGAUAUUGACACAUUAUGGGUCCAUGUGACUUGUGCGUGGUUUAGACCUGAAGUUUCCUUUGCAAGCGACGAACAGAUGGAACCUGCUAUGGGAGUUUUAAGCAUUCCAUCAAGUGCCUUUGUAAAGGUGUGCAUUAUAUGUAAGCAAAUACAUGGUGCCUGUACUCAGUGUUGCAAAUGUUCGACAUAUUACCAUGCCAUGUGCGCAUCAAGGGCUGGAUAUCGAAUGGAGCUGCAUUGUCUGGAAAAAAAUGGAAAGCAGAUCACCAAGAUGGUUUCUUACUGUGCUUACCACAGGGCUCCUAAUCCAGACACUGUCUUGAUUGUACAAACCCCAUCAGGGGUAUUCUCCGCCAAAAAUUUACUCCAGAAUACGAAACGGACUGGUUCAAGAUUAAUCUCGUCUACAAGGUCUGAACCCGAAGAGGCUCCAAUACAAGAAGUCAGUGAAGCUGAUUCUGAUUCUGCGGCAAGGUGCCGGAUGUAUCACCGACCCAAAAACAACUCUAAGAGAACAGGUGAAGGAAUUGUUGCCCACCAUGUUAGGGGGGCUUGUCAUCAUUCUUUUCGAGAAAUUGAACGCUUGAAUGCAUUUCGAAAAGUGGAAAAGCCUAAGAUGUUUUCUACUUUUAGAGAGCGUUUAUAUCAUUUACAGAGAACUGAAAAUGAUCGAGUUUGCUUAGGUAGAUCUGGAAUACAUAGGUGGGGUCUGUUUGCUCGUCGUGAUAUUCAGGAAGGAGAGAUGGUUCUUGAAUACCGUGGAGAGCAAGUGAGGCGCAGUAUUGCAGAUUUGAGGGAGGCUCGUUAUCGGGUAGAAGGAAAAGACUGCUAUCUGUUCAAAAUCAGUGAAGAAGUCGUAGUGGAUGCUACAGACAAAGGAAACAUAGCUCGUCUAAUUAAUCACUCUUGCAUGCCGAACUGCUAUGCAAGGAUCAUGAGUGUAGGCGCCGAUGAGAGUCGAAUUGUCCUCAUUGCAAAAACAACUGUUCCUGCCGGGGACGAGCUAACGUACGAUUACUUGUUUGAUCCCGACGAACCUGAUGAGUUUAAAGUUCCUUGCUUAUGUAAAGCUCCAAACUGUAGAAAGUUCAUGAAUUAGACAACUACAACAUACACAUUGUUCCUCCACAAGGAGUUUCUAACCUGCUUGGCUUUUUAUGCUAGGGUUAACCAUUUUGUAAGUCCCUUUUUGGCCUCUCACAAAAUGUGUACAAAAUUGUUCCCUUUUCCCCUCCUUUUUUUGUUUUAAUUCAAUAAAAAGUCCAAAAAAAAAGAAGAAAGAAAAUACAUGUAGAGUAUUAUUUACUAGUUAGUUCAGUUCUAAUGUAAAUGGUUAGUAGUUAGUUGUUAAGUAGUUAGUAGUUAGUACACAUUGGUUUUUCUUAAUUCAUUAAGCUUUUCCAUUUCGCAAUCAGCUUACAUUAUAUGUAACAGUUGGCUUGCCAUUCAGCUCGUUUUUUGAGUAUCUAACAUAAUGUUUCUCGUAGUUUCACUGUCUCGCUUUUGAACUCGUAUGCAGAAUUCUCACAAAUUUAUGCAAGCCCUGUUCCUGUCGAUUCGAGGGUUAGCGAUAUCGACUUAAUUGCUUUAUUUUCUUUUUUGGGUAUUCUGAUAGAAUGUUCCUGUGGAUGAAAACAUAAAAUUUAUAGUUGUACAAAUUGGCAUGUAGAAAUAAUGGUAUGAAGCAUUUUUGAGUGUUCCAUCUAGUGAAAACAUAUUUGUGAAAAUGGCUCCCAUCACCAUCAGUGUAGGAUUCAAAAUGCUUUUAAAUAUUAUUUAAGUUUUAUGAUAAUGCGAGAGAAUAAAUUAAGGUGGUUUGGUCACGUGCAGAGGAAGACUUUUUAUGGUAGAAAGCAUUAUAAUUAGUAGAUGGUAAGAGGAGUUGAGGUUUGGGAUGAGCAAAUAAGAGUAGACUUGCAGGAGUUAAACCUCUCUGCGAACCUGACUAGGGAUAGGAGUAGUUGGUGACGUUAUAUCCACAUCUUAGACUACUGAUGUCCGUCCUUUGACCUCUUAGUGCCCUCAACCCCUUGCCCUUACCGUUUCUUUUCUAUUUAGUUCUUUGUUCUCUUUUGUAGUGGUCCUUCUGUUUAUAGGCCUUCAAGUUGUCUUACUUGUGUUUUUUGUGUAUCUUUAUAUUUCUCGAGUCGGGAGACUCGUUUGGCCGUGCUCUUCUUUAUGGGUAUGAGUUGCCGCUGUCCUUCCCUUUCCAGAUCCUGGCUUUAGCUUUCUAAAAGCGGAAUGCACUGAGUUGGAUGAUGAUGAUUUAAGUUUUAUGAUGCAAAUUUAAAAUAAUUUAAUUAUUUUAACAAGAAAUUCAUUUUUUUUUCCUUUCGUACCAAAUUUACAAAAUCUCAUCGUCUAAUGGUGUAUUUCCAUCCUGUAAAAAAUAAAAAUAAAAAUCAAGCAUCAUCAUCCUCGUCAGUCGUCAUUGAAAGAGUGAAGAUAAUUACUUUUCAGAUUUUAUGGUUGUAACAGGGAUUCAAAGUGUGGGUAAAGCAUCCCUAAUCAAGACUUAAAAAAUUAAUCUCAUUUACUAUUCAAUUAUUUCUCUUUCCUCCACGUUAUUCAAUUUUUUUCUACUCUCUCUAUCGAUUCUAUUUAGCUCAACUUAUUUCUGCUGAUAUAAUUGACUUUUACCUAUUAAGAUUAAUUUUUGUUGAUUAUAACUUGUAAAGUAUGAAACACUCGCUCUAUUC